GAAGUUGCCUAGUGACAAAGUGAUGGGCAGGCAACCUUGUUGUGACAAGCUUGGAGUGAAGAAAGGGCCAUGGACUGCCGAGGAGGAUAAGAAACUGGUGAAUUUUCUCCUCACGCAUGGCCAAUGUUGUUGGCGGGCUGUCCCCAAGCUCGCUGGCCUCCGUCGCUGCGGCAAGAGCUGCCGCCUCCGGUGGACUAAUUACCUCCGCCCCGACUUGAAAAGAGGCCUCCUUAAUGAUGCUGAAGAACAACUUGUUAUUGACCUCCAUGCCCGCCUUGGCAACAGGUGGUCUAAAAUUGCAGCAAGAUUGCCUGGAAGAACUGACAAUGAGAUCAAGAACCAUUGGAAUACACACAUCAAGAAAAAGCUUAUCAAGAUGGGGAUUGAUCCAAUUGAGCCUCUCCACAAACAGGCCAUCACCCCAGAAGAAAUGCCUUGUGAAGCAAGCAAUCAACCUGCAGGCUCAGACGUGAAUAUUCCGCAGAAUAUGGAUAUCCCAGAACAUGAAGUCUAUAGCAACAGUGAAGCAAGCAAUCAACCUGCAGGCUUAGACAUGAAUAUUCCGAGGAAUAUGAAUAUCCCAGAACAUGAAAUCUCUAGCAACAGUGAUGGUGGUGGCUCUGCAAGUGAAAAUUCCCCAAGCAAUGAGUCUCAGUCAGCUGAGCCAAACCCUAAUUACAGUGAGGAAGAUGACCCAUUGUUGAGUUUCAUAUUAUCCGAUACAUUUCUCGAGGAUUUAACAUGGGACUUUUCGACCUCGUCAGAAGACGGCUCAGCUGAUAAUCCAACGGAGGAGAAUAGCUUAGCAUGGUUCAUGGACUGUAAGGAUUUUGGAGUUCAAGAUUUUGAGCUUUGAUUGUGUGAAGGGGCGUGAUUUUCAUACAUCAUUUUUUUUUCUUUUUUCACACUAUGUUGAUUUGUGGCAUUCGGAUCGAACAAAUCAAGGGAAAACAAAGAACAAAAAUAAACAUGUGUGAAAGAAGAAAAAAAAUGAACAUAUGAAAAUCAUUUUCCUUUGUAUGAAUUAAUACACGUGGACAUAUUUUAUAUUUUCAGUACAUAGCCAAAGUAACAAAAAGUGACUGCUUGCUAUGGUGACUGAUCUGUUUUUAUUCUAUCUUAUAAAUGAUGAGGCCAUGGAAACGAA